ACGAAUCUUAGUGGUCAGGUACGAAAUGUUGCUCUCUCUUCAGUCACUGUGUUGAGUGAGAUUGAUCGCCCAAAUGGAAUUUGACCAAAAGACGACUUUCGAGCUGUGCCUUCUGGGAUCAUAACAGAUCUUUCCCAUCUACUCUGCACUGCGAUAUCUGGCUUAUGCUCUCUUUGAUCAGGAUAUAAAGUCUCCCGCGGCCCCCAACGAGGACGACUCUUUUUUUCUGGCCAUCAACUCUCUCAUAUCGUUCUAGCGCAGAUACAUAGCAUUUACAGUUUGCAUAUUCAAACCAUGGUGCUGACAACCGAAUCCAUUAUCGCGCUGGUUGCUCUUCUCGUCACCGGGCCCCCUUCCAUAGUUCUUGCGUGGAGCUACUAUAAACGCCGAGCGCGCAGGGCUGCUUUGUCGACUACAUCGAGAACACUUUCCGAUUCACCGCAGUCGUCUUCGCCAGUCCCUCAAAGCCUCGCAUGGUCGCCUGCUCCACAACAGCCGGAUCUGCUGCUCGAGCCGGGAUUGUAUACUAGAAGGACUCGGACAGAUUUUCACUUAUCGCAGGUGUACUUUUCUCUAGAACAGGUUCGCUAGACGCGCCUUGGCCUCGGCCUUGGAGUUUCACAGUUAUGAUAUGGGGAAAACAGGCGCGGUUCCGGUUAUUAGCGUAGGCUCUGAGAUUUCGGACUUGUCAUUAUUUCUUGUCAGAUGGUGUCAUUAGCAUUGCUAGCGGGGGAUUAGAAUCUCCUAGAGUCAGAUUCUUCGAACAAAAUGUAGUA